GUCUAGUUCGCAGUAAAAGUCGUUUUGGUUUUGAUCGUUGCGUGCGCUGACCCGCCUACUAAACAUAUGCGUACCCCCCGAGGAGUAGAUACCAGGAAGAAAAUAUGUUUCGAUGUUUGACAAUGCAGAGCUAAAGAAGUUUCAAGAAUUUUCCAACUCAGAAGCACUACACUGCAGUGGGUGUUUCGGGAUUGUCCAUGAAUCACUGCUCCCGACUAGAACCAUUCUUCAACGUCGCACUUCUAUCUUGUACGUAGAAAAGUUAUCGAGCCUCGGUUCUUGUUGCCUCCCAGUCUAUUGUUUUUGCUGUCAUCAACUCAACAAGGUAAAGUGACGAGUCGUUGCUAGUCGUAUUCGUGAAGAGGGACAAGCACUGUUUGUCGUUGUCGUUGAGUAGGGAGCGAAGACCACAAUGAGCGAGGAGCUGCACUCGAGAGAACAAUAAGUGUGAGCGAUUUGGAAAUGAAAGCAUAACGUUGAUCGAACGUGUGACGAACACGAAACUCAUGCUCGGAGUAAGUCUUCUAUUUCUGCAUCACAAUAAGUCUGGCACAUCACAUCGCAUGAUGUUUAUUCUGAAAUACAGUCAGGGACUACAUUGUUUCCACCGUCGCACCCUACCACCCCAAACCUCCAAAAAUUCCCGCCUCCCCAUGACUUCAUACACAAUAAAUUGAAAAAUUUAGUUGAUGACUUCAUACACAAUAAAUCGAAAGAGAUUGUAGUUUGUAGCUUCUGUGUCUUCUACUUCAACGUUCUAAUAGGUUGAAAAUUUUGCUGUGUUUAUACUGUUGAACUACAAGUAGAAGAUUAGUGGCAUUACAAAGGGAACUCGAACAUGAUGAUGAAAAAAAGGAAAGAUGAGGACAAGAAGCCCGUCGAGCAGGAGGUGGCGGAGCUUCAGCGUACUACUCUUCAACUACUACCCUCUUUAGAAUUUGAUUUUGCUGGUAGCUUGCAGAUGAUUUCCCUGUUUUCCCUUUUAGGACUCAACAACGACAAAGAAAUAGUACAUUCUCCCGCUUCUAGAAACUUCUCACUCCACACCUUCAAUCUGAACAACCACCAAUUACUACAGGGAAAUUCCGCGUCCUCGAAAAUGACAAGAGAGCUUACUCUGAGGACAGUCAAGGCGUCAUCCGCAAGCAACGAGCAAGCAUCGAAAAGCUUACUCGGGAAAACAGGCAAAUGAAGCAAGAACUCUCCGAAGUACGAAGAGCUGAUAGAGGUGGGCCUGAGGCACGAAGAGCAGGUGAAACACUGGCAAAGAUUGCGGAAAGCAAGGAGUCACUUGGUACUAUAAGGGUCUGCAUCUUCUUCAUGUGUUGUGUAAUCAUUUUCCUUAUAUCGCAGGAUGGAAGAGAAGUAGAAAAAUCGUGAAAAUGAAUUUGAAAUUGAGCAUCAAAAAAUCUAGACUUCUUCACAUUUCUUCACAUCUCCCUUUUGCCAAUGACAACAACAGAAAAGCAAAUCGCGAAGGAGUUCGAGAUGAAGACGAAGAUUGAGGAAAAGACCGAUAUCGUGGAAGCAAAGACUAUCCAAGUCCGAGAGGAACUAGGACUGAAAGGUGGUGUCAACGCCGCCAAAGAGUCCGCAGCAGCAGUAGCAAAGCAGAUCAGAGUGCUGGAGAACAGGCUCGAUAAAGCGUUGCAGGUAAGUACUUUUCGUCUUAUUCCUGAAUAUAUCGAUUAUACGGUUUUCUUUCGUCCAAGACAGAGCAAAAAUAAGUAAAAAAACAUGAACUGAACACACCCCUCCAACAGAAAUUCAACGAAGCAGUAGCCGAAAACAAGAAAUUGCGAGACACUAUUGAUAGCCUACGAAGCGAGCGAGUCGUCUUCGAUAACAUCUACGCGAAACUAGAAAAAGAAUUCGAGCAAAAGAAGAAGGAAAUGGCAAAUAUCAUCGAACAGGUACUGUUCUUGUGCUUUGUUGUUUCUCGGUCCAUUCAACAUUCUUUAAAAACAUAAUCUAAGUGAACAGGUACUGUUCUUGUGCUUUGUUGUUUCUCGGUCACUGGCUUAGUGGUUUAGGCGUUGGCCUGUUCACUUAUCACAUUCAACAUUCUUCAACAUAAUCAUAAUCUAAGUUUGACCAACUUCAUGGUGAAGAUUUCUGUUGUUGAUAUCACAUUACAACAUGCUUCACAUUUUUUCCGCAAAACCCAACUUCUAGGCAAACGCAGCAUACGAAGCACGAGACGCAGCGCAGGCGCAAAUGACAAGUCUCAAGCAGCAAGCGGACAAAGAGCAUCAAGAAUUCGAGAAAGAGUGUACUUACCUCCACAGAAGAUGACUUGUUGAAAAAAAGAUUCAUGCUAAGUAGCUAAAUACCAUCAGUGGUCCUUAGUUGUAUCUACAACUUAAUCUUCUGAAAUUCAGCAAACAACAUCCUUCCGUAUAUCUAUGAGUAUAAAUAAUAUCGAAUAAACCACUAACACCAGGGAAGGAACUCGGACGGCUUAUCGAGAAUGAUAAGAAGAUGAAGGAAUUUAUGCGACAGAAGGAGAGGAAUCGUGGCGUUGAGGAGCAUAAGGGCGAUAUGAGUAAAAAUAACUUCCUUUUGAUCUACUCUGGGAUUUCACAUAAAGCAAAACAUUAUGACCAGCACUCUACCCCUUAACAUGUUCUUGUUCCAUAAAAAUCGGAUCUUUGAUAUUCAUGUGGUGAUCAUGAUUGCCUCUUUUUUCCGCCUCUCUUUCAGGCGCCGACGAAGAAGACAAGAUGAAGAAGAAGGUAACGAAGAACGCGUGGAUGAUUGCAAAGGGAAAGGUUGCGCAGAGCGCUAACACAGAGAGGAUAACAGUCUAUGAGGAAGCAUUCGCGAAGAUUCAGGUAGUUUCUAGUAAAUGAACUCCACACACGAUCUUCAUCUUGCUGAGUGCUUAGGUAGAUACAAAAAUUUAGACUAAUGACCUUAUCGUCCUGAAUGAGAAGACCCAGCAGACACAACCUUCCACCAUUCAUCCAUUUCCACUCACAACAGGCUGCCACCGGUAUUAGUGACAUUGACGACCUAGUGCAGAACUUCGUGAACGCUGAGGACGGAAACUUCUCACUGUUCAACUACGCCAAUCUGUUGAAUAACCAAAUCGAGAGGUUAGAUCUCGAGAUUCAAGCUCUAAAGGGCGAAUAUGAGACAUUGAAGAGCGGUGGACCAGGAGGUACAACUACCUUCGAUGUAGUUUUUUUACUUGGUUUGCUGGUUGUGAACUUGUGAACCGCCAACCUAGCAGUUUCAUCAUCAUUUUGUACUUGGUUUUCUGCUUCAGGCAUGAUAAUGUUCAAAAACUUCUGCGUGUACUUUAUCUUCGUCCCUCACCUUCUCCUCUUAUCGUUAUUUCCUCACCACCUAGUGAUUCUCAAUCUCACCGCGACUUUUUUAGGUUCCAACGAAAAGCAGAAGCUCCUAGGAGAGUUAGAGGAGAAGUGGAAUCGAGCCGAUAAGCGUGCAGAGCACUACGAGUUGAAAUAUCAACAGGCAUUGAAGACCCUCACCGCAGUUAGAGCCGGUCUCCAGAGCAUCUAUAACCGGUAACAUUUUUACUUGUGAAUGGCUUGUGUCUAGAAUGGAAUUUGGUUGCAUAGAAAAUCAUGACUUGUGUCCUCGCAAUCAAUCAACAUAUGAAUAUCUUGCACAACUUUAGAAAUUUCCAACCCCACUGACUCAGUCUCGGCUGCUCGCAGACUGCCGAGCACGGUGCUCUCGGCCUUCAGGGCGUUACCGAGGGCAACAUGCUCCAGUAUCUCGGUGUCAUCGAGACUCGAGCGAACGAGAUCCUGCUGUUGCACACUGCCCUGCAAGAGGGCGACGAGGAGGAGGGUGACCUUCCAGGCACGCGCGAGCCCAUGAGCCAGCUGCAGAUCAAACUUCCGUCAACAGUAGAAGACUACACCGAUGACGAAGAUGAAGAUGAGGAUGAUGACACACGACCGUUUACGCGUGAAGAGCUCAAGCUCAAGACGCAGCGUGGCUUGCAACGCAAACAGGAGAAGGGACUCAGGAAGGGGCAUCGCUAAACAAUUAUCAGUUGCUCAAGAAGGUAGUACAACUAGUACAACUGCGGUCGUGUAGUAGAAGGAGAAGGAUUUACUAAUAGGAGUACCAUACUGGUGCUUGUUCUUCUACUUCUUAUGAAACGAAAAUCUGUUAUCAUUAUCAAGUUUCUUAAGUAGAAAAGUACGAUAAUGAUAAGAGAUUUUGGUUUCAUACUUCUUGCACUACAACUACUCGGAGCACAACUCCUUCCGAUAAUGACAAGAAAGAAUCCCCCUUGGAGCCUCCUGAACACGCUGACGCGUCCAAUCGUGAGCUCGAAAAUCGUUCAAAUCUUAGACCAUUUACAGUUCUUGAUGCAUGCAGAAUAACAGAUCUCCGAUAUUAAUUAUUCGCUUUCACUACGCAACAAUAUCGAUUAUGAAAACUUCAAGUCUAUUAACUUCACCGACAAAUACAACAGACGACGAAUCCAAAAAAUAGCAUCCACUACGCGCAACAAGGAACAAUUAUAGAUGUACUUUUUAGAUCGUGACUCAUUUAAUUCUGAUUGAAAUUGAUCUCAUAUUCGCAAAAAGUAUACCAGCGGAGCAUGCGCGACAUGCUCCAGCCUUGAACACUAUUAUGGAUGACAGAUUGAUCAUGUAGAUGUAGCUACCUAAACGAAUUGAACUUGCGCAUGUUAUCCUAGACGCACGAAGUAGUGUAACCGGAGCUUGUAUUUUGAUAAACUAACUACAAGAUAAACCGUAUGAACGGAACGAGUCAUCACAACUACUAUAUCGACCAAGCAAAAAAAACGAGAUAUUGAAUAGCUCAUACAGACUUACCAGAAACGCAGCAUAUUGUUCUCGUUAUUGUCUAAUUUUCUUCUAGAUACUAUGAAGGGAUGAUAUUCAUCUACUUGUAAAUUUCAGCUUGUUCCUACAAUAGAAGAAUUGAAAGUCUUCUACACGACCAUAAUUUAUCGAACUAUUACAAUUACAUCAUCAGAAAAAGGAAUUCUUGAUACAGUAACUUACUCAGUCUCAGAAUGUAGUACUGAUCCACUCGUGCGACGCUAAACGAACAAGAUCGCACAGGAUAUUCGACAAAGGAAUAAAAUGCAAAGCUAUAACAAUCGAAAAAUCUCUCUUGAAUAAAAUGUACAGAAUCGUUGUAGAGGACAAGUAGAAUGCAAAUCGUUAUAGGAAAUCAGAAAGCGCGGUUGUUCGCAGUUGGUUCUUGGUUUUUCCAUCGGGUGUUCCGACCUUUCCUUUCAUCGUUGUCGAAAAAA